ACUCCUGGCGGCUGGGCGAGCCCGGCGUCUGCUGCAGCGGCCGCGGUGGCAGAAGAGGCCUGAGAAGACUCGGCGGCAGCGGCGAGACACACAGCAGGAUCUUCAGCAGAGGCAGCAACAGCAGCAGCAGCAGCAGAAGCAGAGGCAGCCUCCACGAAUCCCCUGUCUCACAACGCCGAACACCCUGCCAAACGAGCCGCCCACCCCGCCGUCCUCGGCGCAGCCUGACCUGGCCGGCUCUGCCGCCCGCCGCCAGCCCCGGCAGCGCCCCCAGUCGUCCUCCGACUGGUCCUCGGCCUUCAGCUCUAGCCGCAGUAGCAGCCGCAACGCCACCCGCAGUCGCAGUGCCAGCCGUAGGCACAGCCACCGGCGCAAGCCCAGCCCCGGCUCCAGUUCUUGCUGCGGCUUCUCCAGGCACGGACCUUGCGCCGACGCCCUGGAGGUUGGGAUGCUCUUGUCCAAAAUCAACUCGCUUGCCCACCUGCGCACCGCGCCCUGCAACGACCUGCACGCCACCAAGCUGGCGCCGGGCAAGGAUAAGGAGCCCCUAGAGUCGCAGUAUCAGGUGGGCCCACUGUUGGGCAGCGGCGGCUUCGGCUCGGUCUACUCCGGCAUCCGCGUCUCAGACAACUUGCCGGUGGCCAUCAAGCACGUGGAGAAGGACCGGAUUUCCGACUGGGGAGAGCUGCCCAAUGGCACCCGAGUCCCCAUGGAAGUGCUCCUGCUGAAGAAGGUGAGCUCGGGCUUCUCGGGCGUCAUCAGGCUCCUGGACUGGUUCGAGAGGCCCGACAGUUUCGUCCUGAUCCUGGAGAGGCCGGAGCCGGUGCAGGACCUCUUCGACUUCAUCACGGAGCGGGGAGCCCUGCAGGAAGAGCUGGCCCGCAGCUUCUUCUGGCAGGUGCUGGAGGCCGUGCGGCACUGCCACAACUGCGGGGUGCUCCACCGCGACAUCAAGGACGAGAACAUCCUCAUCGACCUCAGCCGCGGCGAGCUCAAGCUCAUCGACUUCGGGUCGGGGGCGCUGCUCAAGGACACGGUCUACACGGACUUCGAUGGGACCCGAGUGUAUAGUCCUCCGGAGUGGAUUCGCUACCAUCGCUACCAUGGCAGGUCGGCAGCGGUCUGGUCCCUGGGGAUCUUGCUGUAUGAUAUGGUCUGUGGAGAUAUUCCAUUUGAGCACGACGAGGAAAUCAUCAGGGGCCAAGUUUUCUUCAGGCAGAGGGUCUCAUCAGAAUGUCAGCAUCUCAUUAAAUGGUGCUUGGCCCUGAGACCAUCAGAUCGCCCAACCUUCGAAGAAAUCCAGAACCACCCUUGGAUGCAGGACGUCCUGCUGCCCCAGGAAACAGCUGAGAUCCAUCUCCACAGUCUGUUGCCAGAACCCAGCAAAUAGCAGCUUUCUGGCAAGUCCUCCCCUCCCUGUCAGAACCUGGAGGGAGGGGAAGCUUCUGGCUCCAGCUUCCCAAGUACCAGUGACUCUUAUUACCAAGCAGGACAGUGCUUGAUACAGGAACAACAUUUACUACUCAUUCCAGACCCCAGGCCCCUGGAGGCUGCCUUGCGACGUGAGGGAGAAGACACUUCACUCCGGGCCUAGGCCUCAACUCCCAUAGAUGCUCUCUUAAAGGUGUCCAGCACCACUGGACUUGUGCAAAAUCCCGGGGUGGGGGGUGGGGGGUGGGCUGAGAACCCUGCCUUUGGAGCUGUUCCCUUCAUCAUGCAUUCUGCUGAAUGCCGCAACGGAUCGGGUAGUGGGGAAACAGGUUGGGGUGGGAUAUAGGACUAGCAUCAUUUUACGUCCCUGUCACCUCUUCCGACUCUUCUGAGUGCCUUCUGUGGGGACUCCGGCUGUGCUGGGAGAAAUACUUGAACUUGCCUCUUUUACCUGCUGCUUCUCCAAAAAUCUGCCUGGGUUUGGUUCCCUCUUUUUCUUGCCCCCACUCCCCCCACUCCCAACCCCCCAUCCUUCAUUUGAAAGGUGCCAUGGAAGAGGCUACAGGGCCAAAAUGCUGAGCCACCUGCCCUUUUUUUCUGCCUCCUUUAGUAAAACUCUGAGUGAACUGGUCUUCCUUUUUGGUUUUUUAACUAUUUUCAAAGCCAAGACCUCAUACACACAAAAAUGCACAAACAAUGCAAAUCAACAGACAAGCUGUAAAUGUGUGUACAGUUGGCAUGGUAAUGUACAAAGGAUUGUAGUUGAUCUAAUUUUUUUUUUUCCUUUUAAGUUAUUUUACCUCUUUUUUUUUGUUUUGGAAAGAUGCGCAUUCUCUAACCUGGAGGUCAUUGUUAUGUAUUUAUUUAUUUAUUUAUUUGGUUCCCUUCUUCUCCUGAGCUUCCACAGCUGCUGCCCUAGUUUUCUUUACUCCUUUCCUGUUCUGACUUGGGGACCUUCUGGGGGAGGGCUGCGACGCUUGCCUCUGUUUGUGGGGUGACGGCACUCAGGCGAGUUGGCUGUGCUGCAGCUCCCUGCCUGCCGUGGGCCCCUCCACCCACUUACCCAAGUGGCUUCUGUGGGUGCUGGGGAGGGGGCGUUGCUGACUUGUGUAUAUAGGAUAGAUCUAUGAAAGCAGUUCUGGAUGGCGUGCCUUCUGGGGCCUCUCUGGGGCUGUGUUUUGAGCAGCAUGUAGCCUGCUGGUUUUAUCUGAGUGAAAUACUGUACAGGGGAAUAAAAGAGAUCUUAUUUUUUUUUUUUAUACUUGGCGUUUUUUGAAUAAAAAUCUUUUGUCUUAAA